AUGAGUGGCGCUUUGCCGCUGGAAAUGGCGGCUGUAGAGCUCAUGCUCGAUGAGACCCACGAAGGCCUACCUUUACAUCCAGGAGAUGACAACGCCUAUAUUCUUGGAAACAUUGGAGGACACAACAUUGUAGUUGCAGGUCCUAAUAGUUUUAUAACCCCUCCUGAUUUAGUCCUCCGACUACUGUCUAGUUUCCCUGCUAUUCGCUUUGGUCUGUUGGUUAGUAUUGGAGGAGGAGUAACGACCAAAGGUUUGGAUAUUCGGCUGGGUAAUAUUGUGGUUGGCAUACUCAUUGGUACACAUGGGGGUGUGGUGCAAUAUGAUUAUCGCAAACCGUCGCAUGAUGGCAGUUUUCAGCAAACUGGCAUAACCACAAUGCCACCCCGGAUUGUCUUAAUGACACUUUCUAAAGUACGAGCAAAUCACGAGAUGAAGGAGAGUCGAGUUUCCAAGUUCCUUACUGGGUUGAAAAUAUCCAACCGAGCCCUAGCUGCCAAAUUCAAACGUCCUACCCAGACAGACCGUUUAUAUCUCAGCGACUAUAUUCAUGUCAACGACAUUUCCGACACUUGUGAUGACUGUGACAUGCGGUCGCCGUGCAGUUGUUAUUGGAGAACGGCAGUGAUUAUUCCUAUUCUGAAGACAUCCACAAUAAGACACCAUUGUCAUAUGCAACACAGAACGGCCAUUUAUCCAUAG